UAGUGGUGAUUAGAUUAUAGUAUUUGGGUGUAGAAAAUUGGGAGGUAGCACGUUGGGUUCCUGCAACUUCCAGUUUGAACGCAAAGCAAAGACUUGGUGAAGUGGUGAUGUAUGCGAAAUGCAAUGCCACUUUCCCUCACUUUUACGUUUUCAUCCUUACCGUUUGAUUUUCCAUUCCCUUUCUUUAUUUUCUUUCUCCUCUCAAAUCCUACUGUGGGAGAAGUGACAAAUUAGGUGAAAGGACUGAUAUUGAAUUUUGCUAGAUAUGGGAGCAUAUUUUAGUGUGGCGAGUACAAAAUCUGACAAGAGGGAACGGGAUGGAGUCUCUCCAAAUGAGACAUGUAAGAGGCAAAGAAUGUCUCCUACUGUUGAUGAAGAGAGUCCAAGGCUCAUUCCUAAUCUCCCUGAUGAGUUAUCACUUCAGAUCAUUGCUAGACUUCCUAGAAUUUGUUACUUAAAUGUAAGGAUGGUAUCAAAGAAGUGGAAGUCAACUAUCAUGAGUUUAGAACUGUAUAAAUUGAGGAAAGAACUUGGGACAACUGAAGAGUGGCUGUAUCUAUUGAUUAAGGUUGGAGAAAAUAAUCUUGUAUGGCAUGCUCUAGAUCCUCGUUCUAAGAUAUGGCAGAGAGUGCCCAACAUGCCCAAUUUUGCCGAUGAAGAAGAACCUAAAAAAGGUUCUUCCAGGCUUUGGAUGUGGAACAUGGUGGAGGGUAUAAGAAUUGCUGAAGUUAUUAGAGGCUUUCUUGGACGGAAGGAUGCAUUUGAUGAAAUGCCCUAUUGUGGUUGUGCAAUUGGAGCAGUUGAUGGGUGUCUCUAUGUUCUUGGUGGAUUUUCUAAGGCUUCAACUAUGAGAUGUGUGUGGCGAUUUGAUCCAAUACAAAGUACAUGGAGCAAGGUGACUCCAAUGUCCACCGGUCGGGCGUACAGUAAGACAGGCAUCUUAAAUAACAAGCUUUAUGUUGUUGGAGGGGUUAGUCAAGGUCACGCUGGAUUAGUUCCUCUCCAAUCUGCUGAAGUUUUUGAUCCCUCUACAGAUACAUGGUCGCAUAUACCCAGUAUGCCAUUCUCUAGAGCUCAAGUCCUUCCCAAUGCUUUUUUGGCUGACAUGUUAAAGCCUAUUGCCACAGGGUUGACAUCAUACAUGGGAAGGUUGUGUGUUCCACAGAGUCUGUAUUCAUGGCCCUUUUUUGUUGAUGUUGGGGGAGAAAUAUAUGAUCCUGACACUAACUCAUGGAUAGAAAUGCCUGCUGGAAUGGGUGAAGGGUGGCCUGCACGGCAGGCAGGAACCAAAUUGAGUGUAGUAGUGGAUGGUGAGUUAUAUGCAUUUGACCCUUCUAAUGCUAUGGAUAGUGGAAGGAUCAAGGUUUAUGACCGAGGUGAAGAUGCUUGGAAAGUAGUUAUUGGAAAAGUUCCCAUAUAUGAUUCUGCUGAUUCAGAGUCUCCAUAUCUACUUGCUGGUUUCCAUGGGAAGCUCCAUGUUAUCACAAAAGAUGCCAAUCAUGAUAUUGCUGUUCUGCAGGCAGGCCUGCGGAAUAAUUUGGGGUUUUCACCAUCACUCUCAACUCUGUCACAAAGUACAUUGCAUGAAUCUCCAGAACUGGCUUCUGAAAUAGAUGCAGCAGUUGUUUGGAGGGUAGUUGCCUGCAGGGAUUUUGGGCAGGCUGAACUAGUCAGUUGCCAAGUCAUUGACAUAUAGAUGAAAAAUCAAGCAAUGACUGUGACAAGCAGUGAAUGUAUCUGUUUGUUGGCAGUUACACGAGUUAGUCUUAUGGAAAUUGAAUUGUGUCCAUUUUGUAUCAUUGAGUCAGGUGUCACCAAAACAGCGAGUGCUGUGAUAGUUGCAAUAGGUAUAUAGUGCUGCACCUAUUUAUCUUUUCACGAGGUAAAUAAGUGCCAUAGGAAUUGUCAAUUUCGUUGUUGAUAUGCUCUACUAUAAUAUCACACCAGGUCAUUAUUAUGUCA